ACCACACUCGAGACACUGGGACACACCGUACUGCCGGUCAGAUCUCUCAGACAACACAACUGCUUUCAAUAACUACGUAGACGCCAUGUUUCUUGUCACCAUUGCUAUUGCUUUACUGCCGUUCGUUGUGUGCGAGACGGACCCCACUAAGGUCUGCCUGCCAGACACGAUACAGUUUAAUGUUUUAAACUUGGCCACAGAGGUGAGUUCUUCCUGUAAACGUCCAUAGUAACGCGUCCAUAGUAGCGCGUCCAUAGUAACACGUCCAUAGCAACACGCCAAUAGUAUCACGCCAAUGAUAACUAUUCCAGUACAGAAUACCAAAGAAUAAUAUAUGAGGGACUGCGUAACUGCGCUCAAGCAAUGUGAAGUGAAUAAUAGUUGAACACGAUAUUUUAUUAUGCUUGAAAAUAAAAGACACGACAAAUAAGCGAGCGUUUAGGCUGGUUGCCAUCUUCAGCAGACGAUGCAAUACAAUAAACAACAUAUAAAAUGAAAAAAAAAUAUAAAGAAAUAAAACAGAUCUCAAUGAUAAAGCAGAACUAGAUAGCAACCAUUUACAAAGAAAAAAAAAAUAACAAUUCGUGUCACGAUGAUUUCCAAAAAGAUUAAAGAUAUAGACCAGUGGUUCUUAACAUUUUUGGAGGUACCGAACCCCACCGGUUUCAUAUGCGCAUUCACCGAACCCUUCGUAAUAGGAAAAAUAAAAUAUGAUUUUUUUUUUUCUGAUUUUUUUUUUGGACCUCCGCCAAACCCCUGAGACUGACUCACCGAACCCCUGGGGUUCGAUCGAACCUAGGUUAAGAACCACUGAUAUAGACAUAUGUGAACGAGAGUUUAUUAAAAUCGUGCCAAUCAACCUUAAUGGUGUCUCAACAACACGUUAGCCAAACCGUGAUUUAAAUAUAUAUAUAUAAAUUAACAUAAUUUUUAUAUUUGAAACUUGCACAUUUGGAAACUUAUUAAUUUAAUUUAGCAAGACAUCUGCUAAACAAUAGUCUUAAGGGUCUUUGGUAGAGAAAAGUUGAUAAUGAUAAAAUAAAAGUCUUUAAAAAAGUAAAGAGAGGAAUUCAUAAUUCAUCUUUUGAUUUUAUCGUCAGACCAUUUUUACUAAUAUUAUUUUUGACUUAAACGUUUAUAAAACAAGAAUAUUACCCACAUACUACUGAUUCACGAUCUCAUACUGCUAAAAAAACUUCCCACAUACUACUCACAUAUUUCUCACAAACUGUCCACAUACCAUUCCCAAAAUGCUCUCAUACGGAUCAAAGACGGCUCAUGUAUGACUCACAUACUGUUAACAUAUUUCUCAAAUACGGUUCAAAUAAGGCUCAUAUACGACUCACACGCUGCUCACAUAACACAAACACUCCUCACAAACUGCUCACUUGCGGAUCAAAUACUGCUCACAUACGUCUAAAAUACAACUAACAUACUGCACGCAUAUUUCUCAUAAACUGCUCAUAUAAUCUAAUCCCAUUUCCCAUUUCCUACUCAGUAACUACUCAUUAGCUACGUAAAUUCCACUGACAAAAUUAUUUGCACAAACAAAUCUGAAUGUUUAGGGUUUUGUCGCAUGUCAAGUUGUUUUUUUGUGUGGACACAUUCACUCCACAUAAUUUUUUGUUUGCCAUGUAUACAACAGCCAUCUGAUGCUAUAUUUACAGUCUUUUUGUUGACAGUUUCUAUGAGUACCAUCUAUACAACAGCCAUCUGAUGCUAUAUUUACAGUCUUUUUGUUGACAGUUUCUAUGAGUACCAUCUAUACAACAGCCAUCUGAUGCUAUAUUUACAGUCUUUUUGUUGACAGUUUCUAUGAGUACCAUCUAUACAACAGCCAUCUGAUGCUAUAUUUACAGUCUUUUUGUUGACAGUUUCUAUGAGUACCAUCUAUACAACAGCCAUCUGAUGCUAUAUUUACAGUCUUUUUGUUGACAGUUUCUAUGUGAUUAUAACGCAUGACUAACGCUCUCUUUUCCCAGGAGAUUGGAGUAUGGGCAAUAGACUUCAACAAACAAUUGUAUGGUCAGAUCUUCCCCAACCAGUCGUUCGUGCAUGAUCUAAAAGCCGUAAGUGGGAUACUUAAGUCAUAACUGAAACGGUUAAGUCAUGACUGAACCGAUCGUUGGGUCAGCGAAGCGAUGGAGAGGUGUCUAUACCUCUCGCCCCUAGAUGGUUUCGAAAUCCCCCGGGGUUGUUCUCAGCUAGAUAUUGUGUGAAAUGAGAUUAAGAUUCUUUCAUAUCAGCGAUGUAUUAAUGUUGUUACAUUUUUUAUAAGAAAAAUCGGAUAGUAUGAUUUUAGAGUUCAAAGGCGUGGAAAAUUGGAGGGAAGGGGAUGUGGUACAUUAAAAAAAAAGAUUUUAUUUACCUGAGCGAUGUCGCUCCCAUCAUUGUAAUAUCUAAAAACCCGAAAACAAUACAGACUUGAAUAUUUGUAAUAAUUAUGUGAACUUUGUAUUUUAACAUUUUCUGUUUUUAAAUUUCAAGAGCAAAUAUUUUUGUUAAAGACCAUUUAGAAUCGAAUGCUGAUUCAAAGUUUGAGUUAAAUAUAUCGAGCGUAACCAUAUUUCUUUCGUUCUACUUUUUAAAAAAAAUGAGUAAUACCAUUACAAUUAAGUAAUUUAAAAAAAAAAUAAUUUAUAUAGUGUUAUUUGUGUGUACACAUUUUUCUCCGGGGGUCACUUAAUUUUUCCCCGGGGGCACUGGCAGAAACAGUGCCGGAGUAUGAAGGGUGGGUGGAAAGGUGGGCACCCCAGGCGCCACUUUUUUCUAUAUGUUGACAGAGGAAUUUUAGGCCAACUGUAGAGUCAUUUGUGGGUUGGUUGGGCAGCAAAACUAUUGGCCCACCCCGGCGGUACUAACUCCAGCUACGCUUCUAAGAGUGUAACGUUUUCAAUCCCAUUAACACGUUAUUUUUUCGAGAGAAAGGAAGAUUAAAAGUAAAUCAAUUGGCAGUGCAUUUCUUUUUAAAAAAAAAUGAUUACUUUCCUUAAUAUGAAUAGACCCAGAAAAAUGGAGGGGAAAAAAUGAGGCGUUCAUGUGCAAUGACAUUGUUUGAAUUUAAUAUACAGCUUUGGGGCAAGAAACUAGACCGUAGGGAUCACAAUGAUUAUUUGCCUUUUAUUUGAUUUCAGAGGACAAAAAAAAAGUUAAAAAAAAUUAUUGAUGCAGAAAAUAAAUCAAUGGAACUAAAAUUUGAAGCUGUGCAUUCUGUAAACAAAUUUCUUCCAGCCAAUGCUCACCGAUAGUGUUGCGACUCAGCCACGCACGUAAAUUCUUAGAGACAAUGCUCACCGAUAGUGUUGCGACUCAGCCACGCACGUAAAUUCUUCCAGCCAAUGCUCACCGAUAGUGUUGCGACUCAGCCACGCACGUAAAUUCUAACAGACUGUUGACAUACAUUUACUUGGCUGUUCAAAUGAACAUUUGUAUUUCUCACCAACAGGCAAAGGCUUACAACACGGACGCCAGCGGGAAUUGUCGAUCUUCGAUUCUUCCCCCAGAAGGAGUCCAUCCGCAGUGUUUCCGAUGUAAGCAAUUUAGUAGGUUACUAGGGCUUAAACCGGGAGGGGGGGUGGAGUUUUUUUUUACACCGGGUCCGAGUAGUUUGUGAGAAAACUCAGAGGAUUCAACUGGUAACAAAAACAAAAGAGUUAAGUUGUCAUUUUCUGUAUUCUAUAACAUACAACGAAAUCGACCGCCCUAGGUCUUAGUGAGAGUACAUUGCCUUCAUCAACUGUUUGUGUCCCGAAAUAACCCACUGCUAUGAACAGGCGGCUGCCGGAUCCCGGGAGAGAGAUGACGUUUAAAAGAAAACAGUCGACAAAGAAGAUACAGUCGUUCAUGUCAUAACAAAGACUUUCCAAAUAAAAAAAUCAACCUAUAUUCACCGGAGAUCAGACGUUACUCACAAAGUUCGCUGUGUGACCGAGGAACACGAAUAAUAACACCGAAUAAUAGUCGCGCCCCCCCCCCUUCCCAUCUAAAGAAAAAAUCCCACAUAUUUACCGGAAAUCAGCGGUCACGCAUGAAGCGGAGCCUUCCCCCCCCCCCCCUUUUUUUUCAGUACUAUUAAUAUAAAACAUGUGGAGUUGUGGGAGGGGGUGGUGGUGGUGGUUUUAGAGGAAGCAGGACACACCAGAAGCAAAAUUUAUAUAAGAGAUUUAGCUGUUUUAUAUCCUACGAUUGGCUAGUUCAGGUGACCUGUUAUGAUGAACAUUUAUGGUAAAUAUUGAUCUUUUCUUUUUUUUUUUUUUAAAGUUCAAAACUCAUUUUAAUUCCAAUUUUAUCAGUGGCCGUUCAUUAUUUUUCGUAAGUAGUUCAGUAUCAAAAGUGUUUCCUUUUUUCCCCGGACAAAGUGUAUUUUUAUUAUAAUCUCCUCAGUGUUUUUUGUUAUCAUGAAAUCUUGAAGCAACUUAAGCCACAGAAUAUCAAAUAUGUUCAUUGCAGAUGCACGCUAAGUCCAGACAACAUUUAAUUAAAGAUCUGCGCACCACAUAAUUGAAUAGCUUUAACCAAUUAAGAUCUGCGCACCACAUAAUUGAAUAGCUUUAACCAAUUAAGAUCUGCGCACCACAUAAUUGAAUAGCUUUAACCAAUUAAGAUCUGCGCACCACAAAAUUGAAUAGCUUUAACCAAUUAAGAUCUGUGCACCACAUAAUUGAAUAGCUUUAACCAAUUAAGAUCUGCGCACCACAUAAUUGAAUAGCUUUAACCAAUUAAGAUCUGCGCACCACAUUAUUGAAUAACUUUAACCAAUUAAGAUCUGCGCACCACAUAAUUAAAUAGCUUUAACCAAUUAAGAUCUGCGCACCACAUUAUUGAAUAGCUUUAACCAAUUAAGAUCUGCGCACCACAAAAUUGAAUAGCUUUAACCAAUUAAGAUCUGCGCACCACAAAAUUGAAUAGCUUUAACCAAUUAAGAUCUGCGCACCACAUUAUUGAAUAGCUUUAACCAAUUAAGAUCUGCGCACCACAUUAUUGAAUAGCUUUAACCAAUUAAGAUCUGCGCACCACAUUAUUGAAUAGCUUUAACCAAUUAAGAUCUGCACACCACAAAAUUGAAUAGCUUUAACCAAUUAAGAUCUGCGCACCACAUUAUUGAAUAGCUUUAACCAAUUAAGAUCUGCGCACCACAAAAUUGAAUAGCUUUAACCAAUUAAGAUCUGCGCACCACAUUAUUGAAUAGCUUUAACCAAUUAAGAUCUGCGCACCACAUUAUUGAAUAGCUUUAACCAAUUAAGAUCUGCGCACCACAUUAUUGAAUAGCUUUAACCAAUUAAGAUCUGCACACCACAAAAUUGAAUAGCUUUAACCAAUUAAGAUCUGCGCACCACAUUAUUGAAUAGCUUUAACCAAUUAAGAUCUGCGCACCACAAAAUUGAAUAGCUUUAACCAAUUAAGAUCUGCGCACCACAUUAUUGAAUAGCUUUAACCAAUUAAGAUCUGCGCACCACAUUAUUGAAUAGCUUUAACCAAUUAAGAUCUGCGCACCACAUUAUUGAAUAGCUUUAACCAAUUAAGAUCUGCGCACCACAUAAUUGAAUAGCUUUAACCAAUUAAGAUCUGCGCACCACAUAAUUGAAUAGCUUUAACCAAUUAAGAUCUGCGCACCACAUAAUUGAAUAGCUUUAACCAAUUAAGAUCUGCGCACCACAUUAUUGAAUAGCUUUAACCAAUUAAGAUCUGCGCACCACAUUAUUGAAUAGCUUUAACCAAUUAAGAUCUGCGCACCACAUAAUUGAAUAGCUUUAACCAAUUUGUUAAAACAUGUCUAUUUCCCCAGCGGUCUCCAAACGUAUGGGUGAGGGUUACAUCGGUCUGGGACCCAAUCGUAUUCCAUUUGAAGCGUGGGAGUUCCCCUACAGCAGAGGGGUGGCGAAGCUGACGUACACCAACCAGCCGGACGAGCCACGGGGUCCAGCGGUGGUGAAGUUUAUUGAUGGUAGGUCUUUUGUCGCAUUGUUAGGAUUGUUGUAGCGGUCUUCCUACGCUCAUGUCCAGAGGUUAAGUCGUGGAAAAAUUAUGUGGGGAAGCACUCAAAUUUUUUUGGCAAUUUUCAUCGAUAAGCCGUAUUGGGAAAACAAGUGACGCAAUGGUCACAUAUGAAAAAUGGUCCCUGUUAUGGGCACAACAUGUGAGUAAAGAAUUUCAAACAUCUUAGAUACCGCUGGAGGUGCACACUUUUUGCUGCAAGAGUCACUGAACAAUAACGAUUAUCGAUUAUAAAGAGCACAGAGUCACUAGAUUCAGCUUCUUUUCAUCAAUAAGAUUUUGGGUCUAUUCAUAUAUGACGUUCGCACUGCGGAAGGAGAAGGGGGUGGCGUUGGUAUGUAUCCGAAUGGACAAGAACAACCUUGGUCACGUGAGACAUUUUGGUCGUAAAAAGACAGCCACUUAAAGCCGAAUAAAACACUUUAGAAUUUUUAUUCUAAACAGUGUGUGUACAUUGUUAUUCUUCCUAUAUGCAAAUUCUAUGUCAUGGAAAUAGUUUGAAGUAAGUUUGAACGACCUGCCUUUAUAAUAAUUUACAUCUUCGUACAUAUAUAAACAAGAUCGGAGCCCAGCUUUUCCUUGGCAGGAUAAAAAGGAAAAAUGUCUUUUUUAAUCUCUUUUACACAAGCAUACACAUGUUCAACUUCUGCAAUGUCAGUGAAGUCAUCGAAACGGUGCAUAAGAAAAUUAGUUCAAAACCAAUUUGGUGGGGAGGAAUGUUGGUCAAACAGAAGCAUGUUUAAUCCAAGGGGAAAAAAAUGGGGAAGGGGGUAACACAAAAAUAAAAUUUAUAAAAAUUGUUAACGUUUUUCCCGGUUCUCACCCACACCUUCCCUUCAAAAAUUAAGCUGAACAAAAUUUCAUUUCGAAAAAACUUCCGCUCUAACAAGCUUCCAUUCGAACUAGCUUAUAUUCGAACCAAAUUCCUUUGUAAAAAUUUGUGUCGAAAUCAUUUAUUUUCGAAAUAAUUUCCGAUAGCGUCCUAAUCAAAUUUCAUUUCCUGUUUCAGAGAAAGGUGUCAUCACAUACACGUUUUUCUUCAACCCCUCGUUGAACAUAACGUCACCAACCAUCUUCAACAUCCCAGACCCUUGCCCGCCUGAAACAGCUCUGUAAAAAUAUACAGACACGAACACCAUCUUCAAUAUCCCAGACCCUUGCCCGCCUGAAACAGCUCUAUAAAAAGAUGCAGAAACAGACGACGCAUCCACGAAGGAAACAAGAGAUUCCCCGAUGAUCCAUUCAUGACAGUCGACAACCGGCUGACACAUGUCCAUUUCAUUUCGUGAAGUGAAAUAAAGUUAUUCUAAUAAAAUUG